AUGAAGAAAUCACGUGGCCAUAAAUCAGACCACGGGAAAGGAGGAGGGGGUACAGUAUAAUACAACAUACACACACACACACACACACACAUACAUACACACACACACCCCAAUUGUUUCAUGUAAAAUAAUGGAGAUACAUAAAAUACUUUCAUACAACCAUUGGUCCGCCUCACUCUCUGAUAAAAUGACAUAUCAAAAAAAGAGAAAAAUACAGAUUAAAAUGUGUAACAUAACCUACAAUAAAUUGUAAACAGUAACAUUAAACAUGAAUGUAAACAAAAAUGAAUACAAGAAAGAAAGAAAAAAAGCUUAGCUAUCGUCAUCCUGUCAGGCUGUUCUGACAGGUGUGGCCUCCUUGACUGUGAUUGUCCAGGCGAUGAGGCUGCCAUCUUGGAGACAGAGGACCUGGACUUCAUGGGAGGGAUGGGAGGUGGAGGGGGUCCUGACCCUGACACCAUCUCCCUGGCCUCAGUCACAGCCGUCACCACUAAUGUCUCCAACAAGAGGUAAGCAGAGCACAGUUCUAUGGUGCUUGUGGUUUGCUAUUUAAUUUACACAUAACAUAUAUUUCUAUGUACACUGAACAAAAAUAUAAAUGCAACAUGCAACAAGUUCAAAGAUUUUACUGAGUUACAGUUCAUAUAAGGAAAUCAGUCAAUGGAAAUAAAUUCAUUAGGCCCUAAUCUAUGGGUUUCACAUGACUGGGUAUACAAAUAUGCAUCUGUUGGUCACAAUUACCUUUAAAAAAAGGGGCAUGGAUCAGAAAACCAGUCAGAAUCUGGUGUGACCACCAUUUGCCUCAUGCAGUGUGACACAUCUCCUUCGCAGAUAGUUGAUCAGGAUGUUGAUUGUGGCCUAUGGAAUGUUGUCCCACUCCUCUUCAUUGGCUGUGCGAAGUUGCUGGAUAUUGGCGGGAACUGGAAUACGCUGUCGUACAUGUCAAUCCAGAGCAUCCCAAACAUGCUCAAUGGGUGACAUGUCUGGUGAGUAUGCAGGCCAUGGAAGAACUGGAACAUUUUCAGCUUCCAGGAAUUGUGUUCAAAUCCUUGCAACAUGGGGCUGUGCAUUAUCAUGCUGAAACAUGAGGUGAUGGCGGGGGAUGAACGGUACGACAAUGGGCCUCAGGAUCUCGUCACGGUAUCUCUGUGCAUUCAAUUUGCCAUCAAUAAAAUGCAAUUGUGUUUGUUGUCCGUAGUUUAUGCCUACCCAUACCAUAACCCCACCUCUACCAUGGGGCACUCUGUUCACAACAAACCGCUCGCCCACCUGACGCCAUACACCAGGGAUGAUCAACUGAAUUCAGCCGCAUGCUGAAGUUUUGUUGUUGUUUUCUUAUAUAUAUUUUUUAUAGGGGUAGAUCAGCUUUAAUAUUGCUGAUAGAUUGUAGCUUCCAUCAAUGUAAUGUCAAAAGAACCGAUGUGGAUGUGGUGGAGGAGUCAGGCGCAGGACACAGAGGAUUCGUCCAAAAUACUUUACUAGUCCAAAGUGCAACAAAACAAUACACGACCUCGAAAACAAACGGAGGCGAGGGAAUUACGCAACAUGCGUAAAACAAUAAACAAAACUAACAGAGCGCAAACACGCAGCUCCGCACGACAGGCAAACAACAACACACAAUCUAACUAAUACAAAACAGGGAACUUAUAAGACACGUAAUCAGAACACAAACAGACACAGGUGUACAAGACAGAAUAAAGCAAUCACACCACGAAACAUACAACGGUGGCAGCUAGUACUCCGGGGACGGCGAACGCCGAAGCCUGCCCGAACCAAGAGGAGGAGCAGUCUCGGCCGAAACCGUGACAGUACCCCCCCUUGACGCGCGGCUCCAGCCGUGCGCCGACCCCGGCCUCGGGGACGGCCAGGAGGACGCGGACCCGGGCGCGUGGGAUGCCCACGGUGGAACUCAGUCAGGAGGGAUGGAUCGAGGAUGUCCCUCCUAGGCACCCAGCACCGUUCCUCCGGACCGUACCCCUCCCACUCCACGAGAUACUGGAGACCACUCAUCCGGCGCCUCGAGUCCAAGAUGGUCCGGACCCUGUACGCCGGGGCCCCCUCGAUGUCCAAAGGGGGCGGAGGGGUCUCUCCUAUCUCAUCUUCUUGGAGUGGGCCAGCUACCACCGGCCUGAGAAGAGACACAUGGAACGAGGGGUUAAUAUUUUUGUAUUCAAUAGGCAGUUGUAACCUGUAACACACCUCGUUCAAUCUUCUCAGGACUUUGAAGGGACCCACAAACCGCCGACCCAGCUUCCGGCAGGGCAGGCGGAGGGGCAGGUUUCGAGUCGAGAGCCAGACUCGAUCUCCCGGUGCGUACACCGGUCCCUCACUGCGGUGGCGAUCGGCGCUCGCCUUUUGUUGACGGAUGGCCCGCUGCAGAUGGACAUGGGCAGCGUCCCACGUCUCCUCCGAGCACCGAAUCCACUCGUCCACCGCAGGGGCCUCGAUCUGGCUCUCGUGCCACGGUGCCAGGACCGGCUGAUACCCUAAAACACACUGGAAAGGUGUUAAACCGGGACCGGCGGAGAGAGUUCUGGGCCAUCUCGGCCCAGGAGAUAUACCUGGACCACUCCUCCGGCCGGUCCCGGCAAUAGGACCUCAAAAACCUACCCACAUCCUGGUUGACUCGUUCAACCUGCCCAUUGCUCUCUGGGUGGUACCCCGAGGUAAGGCUCACCGAGACCCCCAAGCGUUCCAUGAACGCCCCCCAGACUCUGGAGGUAAACUUGGGACCUCGGUCAGACACAAUAUCCUCGGGGACCCCAUAGUGCCGGAACACGUGGGUAAAUAGGGCCUCGCGGUCUGUAGGGCAGUAGGGAGACCCGGCAUUGGGAGGAGACGACAGGCCUUGGAAAACCGAUCCACAACGACCAAAAUGGUGGUAUUCCCCUGGGAAGGGGGUAGGUCGGUCACAAAAUCCACCGAGAGGUGGGACCAUGGUCGUUGUGGAACGGGCAGGGGAUGUAACUUACCCCUGGGCAAAUGUCUAGGCGCCUUACACUGGGCGCACACCGAGCAGGAGGAGACAUAAACCCUCACAUCCUUAGCUAACGUUGGCCACCAGUAUUUCACGCUAAGGCAGUGCACUGUCCGGCCAAUACCUGGAUGUCCAGAGGAGGGUGAUGUAUGAGCCCAAUAAAUAAGACGAUCACGAACCUCGAGCGGAACGUACUUCCGCCCCACAGGACACUCGGGGGGAGUAGGGUCGGCACGCAGUGCCCGCUCGAUUUCCGUAUCGACCUCCCAUACCACCGGAGCCACCAGACAAGACUGGGACAGGGCGUCUGCCUUACCGUUCUGGGAACCUGGGAUGUAUGUGAUCUUAAAAACAAACCGGGUCAGGAACAUGUUCCACCUAGCCUGACGAGGGUUCAAUCUCCUAGCUGCCCGGAUGUACUCCAGGUUACGGUGAUCGGUCAGAAUGAGGAAAGGGUGUUGAGCCCCCUCAAGCCAAUGCCUCCACACCUUUAGGGCCUGGACUACAGCUAACAGCUCCCUGUCCCCAACGUCAUAAUUGCGCUCCGCCGAGCUGAGUUUCUUAGAGUAGAACGCACAGGGGCGGAGCUUAGGUGGCGUGCCGGACCGUUGUGACAGGACUGCCCCAAUACCGGUCUCGGACGCGUCUACCUCUACUUGGAAUGGUAAAGAGGGAUCCGGAUGCGCCAGCACCGGGGCCGAGGUGAACAGGUUCUUCAGUUUGACAAUGCCCUGUCCGCCUCAGCUGACCACUGCAGACGAACCGGACCCCCCUUUAACAGGGACGUAAUGGGCGCUGCAACCUGUCCAAAGCCCCGAAUAAACCUCCGGUAGUAAUUAGCAAAACCCAAGAACUGCUGCACCUUUUUUACAGUGGUUGGAGUUUGCCAAUUACGCACGGCCGACAUACGGUCUACCUCUAUCUCCACACCAGACGCGGACAACCGAUAACCCAAAAAGGACAUACAAGUCAUGCUCCAACAGUCUUCUCAACACUCGGCGCACCAGGGCUACAUGCUCGGCUCGUGUAGAAGAGUACACUAGGAUGUCGUCGAUGUACACUACCACACCCUGCCCAUGCAUGUCCCGGAAAAUCUCGUCAACAAAGGAUUGGAAGACUGAAGGAGCAUUCAUUAGCCCGUAUGGCAUGACGAGAUACUCGUAAUGACCCGAGGUGGUGCUAAAUGCCGUUUUCCAUUCAUCCCCCUCCCUAAUGCGCACCAGAUUGUACGCGCUCCUGAGAUCCAACUUUGUGAAGAACUGCGCUCCGCGUAAUGACUCCGUCAUAGUCGCAAUCAGUGGAAGAGGGUAACUGUACUUAACCGUGAUCUGAUUGAGACUACGGUAAUCAAUACACGGGCGCAAACCCCCGUCCUUCUUCUUCACAAAGAAGAAACUCGAGGAAACCGGGGAAGUGGAGGACCGUAUGUAUCCCUGUGCCAAGGACUCGGCUAUGUAAGUCUCCAUAGCCUCUGUCUCCUCUUGAGACAGGGGAUACACACGGCUCCGCGGAAGAGCCGCUCCUGUUUGGAGAUUUAUCGCACAGUCCCCCUGUCUAUGAGGUGGUAGCCGUGUUGCCCUCGUCUUGCUGAACACGAGUGCUAAGUCCUCAUACUCAGGGGGAAUGCACAUUGCGGGCACUUGGUUCGGACUCUCAACCGAGGUCGCCCCUAAGGAAACACCUAGACAUCUCCCUACACACUGGGCAGACCACUCCAUAAGAGCCCUCUGUUGCCACGCAAUGGUAGGAUCAUGGGUGCUUAACCAGGGAAGCCCCAACACCACGGGGUACGCAGGAGAGUCAAUCAGAUAAAACUGAAUGAUCUCCUCAUGACCCCCCUGCGUCGUCAUAGUAAGUGGUGCUGUGACUUCUCUGAUCAGCCCCGACCCCAACGGCCGGCUGUCUAAGGCGUGGACAGGAAAGGGGGCUUCUACCGGCUGAAGGGGAAUUCCAAACCUAUAACAAAAUGCCCGAUCAAUAAAAUUCCCAGCUGCGCCUGAAUCUACUAGCGCCUUAUGCUGGGAAUGAGGUGCCACCUGUGGAAAUCUCACAGGAAUACUCAUGUGACCAACAGAAAGCUCUGGGUAAGUGGGGCGCCUACUCACCUGAAAUGACUCCCCAGUGCGUGACCUGUUGUCCCCUCUCCCAGGAGACCCUCCCCAGCACCUGGCCGCGGUGUGUCCUCCACGGCCACAGUUGGUGCAGGGGGUGGCCCCCCUCGGGUUCUCUCUCCUCCUCUCUCUAGCGCCAGCACCCCCGAGCUCCAUGGGAAUCGGCUCGGAGGUGCUGGAGGGUGGAAUGGUCGGCCCCCACUCGGGACGUCCGCGGGUAGCCAGCAGGGUGUCGAGACGUAUGGAGAUGUCCACCAACUGGUCGAAUGAUAGGUUGGUGUCCCUGCAGGCCAGCUCACGACGAACGUCCUCUCGUAGGCUGCACCGGUAAUGGUCGAUGAGGGCCCUCUCAUUCCACCCCGCAUCCGCCGCUAGCGUCCGGAACUCCAGUGCGAACUCCUGUGCGCUCCUCUUCCCCUGUCAGAGGUGGAACAGACGCUCCCCCGUAGGUGAUGGUAGCGAACUCCGCGUAGGUGAUGGUAGCGGCGUCUAUUCCCCUCCAUUCGGCGUUGGCCCACUCCAACGCCUUGCCGGAUAGACAGGAGAUGAGGGCGGAGACGCUCUCGUAUCCCGAGGGCGCUGGGUGUAUGGUAGCCAGGUAGAGUUCCACCUGCAGGAGGAACCCCUGACACCCGGCUGCAGAACCGUCAUAUGCCCUCGGGAGCGAGAGCCGAAUGCCACUGGGUUUCGGUGCUGAGAGAGGAGGACUGGCCGUUGGUGAUGGGAUGGAGUAAGAAGGCGUAGGCACCUCUCCAGUCACCAACCGGCGCAGAGUGUUGGACACCUCGUCCAUGGCGGCCCCAAGUUGCCGGAUCAUGGUGUCUUGAUAGCUGAUCCGCUCUUCCAGCGACUUGGGUGCCGCCGCUGCUCCUGCUGACUCCAUAGUUGGUGUGUUGUUCUGUCAAAAGAACCGAUGUGGAUGUGGUGGAGGAGUCAGGCGCAGGACACAGAGGAUUCGUCCAAAAGACUUUACUAGUCCAAAGUGCAACAAAACAAUACACGACCUCGAAAACAAACGGAGGCGAGGGAAUUACGCAACAUGCGUAAAACAAUAAACAAAACUAACAGAGCGCAAACACGCAGCUCCGCACGACAGGCAAACAACAACACACAAUCUAACUAAUACAAAACAGGGAACUUAUAAGACACGUAAUCAGAACACAAACAGACACAGGUGUACAAGACAGACUAAAGCAAUCACACCACGAAACAUACAACGGUGGCAGCUAGUACUCCGGGGACGGCGAACGCCGAAGCCUGCCCGAACCAGGAGGAGGAGCAGUCUCGGCCGAAACCGUGACAUGUAAGUGUCUGCCCCAUGUCCAAUCCCCCAUAUAUAUUUAAAAAAAAACAUUUUUAUAUAUUUUGCUUUAUUAUUUUCCCCUAACUUUACCACCCCUCCCCUAAUUGGAGUAAACUAAUGGACAACAACACUUAGGCUUCUACUUCCAGCUUACACAUACUAUAUACAUUUUAUAUAGUACAUGACUGUAAGUCGCUUUGGAUAAAAGCGUCUGCUAAAUGGCAUAUUAAUAUUAUUAUAGUAUAAGCUACAUAUGGACAGUACCAAAACAUUACAUUUACAUUUGAGUCAUUUAGCAGACGCUCUUAUCCAGAGCGACUUACAGUUAGUAGUGUGCAAUUUCAUGCUGGCCCCCCGUGGGAAACGAACCCACAACCCUGGCGUUGCAAGCGCCAUGCUCUACCAACUGAGCAAAAUCUGCAGAGCUGGGAUGGCUGUAUCCCAGGCCGAUUUUAUUUUCUUGAGCGGAUGGUCGGGAGGACUGGAACAUAAUUACAAAUCAUUUGUAGACCGCAAAUUGACCAACAAACAGAUAUAUUAUUUGACUAAAACAUUAAUAAUUUCAAAACUUGCUUACGAUCAUUUGUCUCUCUAUUAUGCAUGGAAAUACUUGGGAACAGAUUUCCAAUUAAAUUUGUGGAGCUGAUUUCCUGGUGUUUUUACAGUUUUUUAUUUCCCAAAAUUUGGCCCACGGGCCGCCAGUUGGGGAACCCUGCCAUACACACUGUCUGCCAUCUGCCCAGUACAGUUGAAACUGGGAUUUAUCCAUGAAGAGCACACUUCUCCAGUGUGCCAGUGGCCAUCGAAGGUGAACAUUCGCCCACUGAAGAUGGUUACGAUGCCGAACUGCGGUCAGGUCAAGACCCUGGUGAGGACGACAAGCAUUUGUGGCAUUGUAUUGUGGGACAAAACUGCACAUUUUCAAUUGGCCUUUUAUUGUCCCCAGCACAAGGUGCACCUGUGUAAUGAUCAUUCUGUUUAAUCAGCUUCUUGAUACGCCACACCUGUCAGGUGGAUGGAUUAUCUUGGCAGAGGAGAAAUGCUCACUAACAGGGAUGUAAACAAAUUUGGAACAUUUCUGGGAUCUUUUAUUUCAGUUCAUGAAACAUGGGACCAACACUUUACAUGUUGUGUUUAUAUUUUUGUUCAGUGUAGUAAGAUAACAUAGAAGCAAACUCUGAGUGUUGGAUUGAAGACUGGUGUUUCAAUUACAUUGUUUACAAUGUAGUAUCCUCUAGUUUUUCAGAAUUCUGAAAUGAAAGUCUGCAUUGAUUUAUUCACACUGAAACGUCUUUCUAACAUGUGUCUAACGUCAGAUCAAAACCAGACAUUAAGAUGGAACCUAGUGCCGGGAGACCAGUGGAUUACCAAGUAAAUGAAACUAUACAGUAUGCUCAAUGAAUCAAGGAAUAGUCAGCAUUUAACAUAUUGUUAUACUGAAGAGUGUUUAUACAUGAUCACCCUAUUUCACCAGGUUAGUGUUAUACUCUAGAGUGUUUAUACAUGAUAACCCUAUUUCACUAGGUUAGUGUUACCAUCGUAGAGGCCAGACAGCUAGUAGGGCUGAACAUGGACCCAGUGGUCUGUGUGGAGAUCGGAGAUGAUAAGAAGUACACUCAGAUGAAGGAGUCGACAAACUGCCCAUACUACAAUGAGGUAACCAACCUGCUCUAGAAUGAUGAUGAUGAGGAGGAGGAGGAGGAGGAGGUUGAUGAUGAGGGUGAUGAUGAUGAUGAUGAUGAUGAGGGUGAUGAUGAUUAUAACAAGAUCUACAACACUGUAAUUGCAUGUAUAGUCAUUUUUCAAUAAAGCUACACAUUUUAACAGCAAACUACCCUCACGCAUUUACUUUAUCUCACAUUUCUCUUUUAGUAUUUUGUCUUUGACUUCCACGUCCCAUCGGAUGUUAUGUUUGACAAGAUCCUGAAGCUGUCGGUGAGUAGCUCUACCACCAUACAAACAACCAAACAGCCGUGCAAGAAUUCCCCUCCAUAUAUAAAUGAAUGGAGAACCAUGGGAAUCGCUGUGUCCAUUAUUUAUAUAGUCAUUCAUAAUAUUCAAUUCAGGUCACAUGUUAUUGAAGCACAUCUCUGCUCAUCCAUCCCUCAGGUAAUCCACUCCAAGAACCUGUUGCGUAGUGGGACCCUGGUUGGCUCUUUCAAACUGGACGUAGGCACUGUCUACUCACAGCCAGGUCAGGGAGAAACAGAGGGAAACAUGGUAGCUACUACUGACCCAUCUAUGGUUCUGGUACCUACCGUUAUACAUAUUCAUGUUGAUGUUUUUAUUUUAUUUAAAAAAUGUCCAACAGAACACCAAUUUUUCCACAAAUGGGCCCUUCUCUCUGACCCUGAUGACAUCACUGCCGGGUGCAAAGGUUACAUUAAAUGUGACAUCGCCGUCGUGGGUAAAGGAGACAACAUCAAGACUCCCCACAAGGCCACGGAAACCGAUGAAGAUGACAUAGAAGGGUAAACAACGACCAACAAAUUACUGGGGAUAUGAGUGAGAAAACCACUAAUACUGUAGAAGUAAUGAACCCUAACCAACAUAUUACUGGGGAUAUGAGUGAGAAAACAACAGUUGUGGAAAAAGUACUCAAUUGUCAUACUUGAGUAAAAGUAAAGAUACCUUAAUAGAAAAUGACUCAAGUAAAAGUGAAAGUCUAAAAGUAUUUGGUUUUAAAUAUACUUAAGUAUCAAAAGUAAAUGUAUAAUCAUUUCGAAUUCCUUCUAUUAAUCAAACCAGACGGAACCAUUUUCUGGUUUUUUUAAAUUUACAGAUCGCUAGGGGCAGACUCCAACACUCAGACAUCAUUUACAAAUGAAGCAUGUGUGUUUAGUGAGUCCGCCAGAUUAGAGGCAGUAGGGAUGACCAGGGAUGUUCUCUUGAUAAGUGCGUGAAUUGGACAAUUUUCAUGUCCUGCUAAGCAUUCAAAAUGUAACAGGUACUUUUGGGUGGGUGUCAGGGAAAAUGUAUAGAGUAAAAAGUACAUUAUUUUCUUUAGGAAUGUAGUGAAGUAAAAGUAAAAGUUGUCCAAAAUAUAAAUAGUAAAGUAAAGUACAGAUACCCCAAAAAACUACUUAAUUUGUACUUUAAAGUAUUUUUACUUAAGUACUUAACACCACUGGAAAAAGCAGUAAUACUGUUGUAGUAAUGAACCCUAACCAACAUAUUACUUGGGAUAUGAGUGAGAAAAGUAGUAAUUGUAGUUGUAAAUUACCCAACAAAACGUUGCUUAGGGCCCGCAAGAGGCUGACUACAUGUGUGGGUAUGGAUGUAGGUAUGCAGACCCGCGAGCCACUGCGGCCCCUCAUGAUGAGUUCAGAUUUUUUGUGGCCCCCACUACUAUCAAAGUUGCCCCUCCCUGCUCUAAAGAGCCCUGCGAAAGAUCUCCCCUCUCACAAUUCUUGCUUACUUUCUAUUGCUGUUUUAGUCAUAGAGAUGCAACACAGUGUGUUACAAGUGUUCUCUUUAAUUCUGUGGUUUCAGUAACCUCCUGUUACCUGAGGGGGUUCCCACGGAGCGCCAGUGGGCUCGCUACUAUGUGAAGAUCUACCGAGCCGAGGGCCUUCCCAAGAUGAACACCAGCAUCAUGGCUAAUGUCAAGAAGGCUUUCAUAGGGGAGAACAAGGACCUUGUGGACCCUUAUGUACAAAUACUGUUCGCUGGCCAGAGGGUAAGUUAUAGCACUGUUCUGGUGCUAUGCUAUGUUACGUUAAACAAUGUUAUGUUAUGCUAUGUUACUUUAAAUGAUGUUAUGUUAUUCUAUGUUAUGUUAAACUAUGUUAUGUUAUUUGUAUUUAUUAAGGAUCCCCAUUAGCUGCUGCCAAGGCAGCAGCUACUCUUCCUGGGGUCCAGCAACAUUAAGGCAGUUAUAUACAAUAAAAAAUAUUACAUGACAUUAUAUUUCAUAACACUUUUCAUAACACAUUAAGUGUGUUCCCUCAGGCCACUACUCUACUACCACAUAUCUACAACACAAUGUGUACGUGUGUGUAGAGUGCAUGUGUUAUCAUAUGUAUCUAUAUGCGUGUGUCUGUUAAACUAUGUUAUGUUAUUCUAUGUUAUGUUAAACUAUGUUAUGCUACGCUAUGUUAUGUUAAACUAUGUUAUGCUACGUUAUGUUAUGCUACGCUAUGUUAUGUUAUGCUACGCUAUGUUAUUUUAUGUUAUGCUACGCUAUGUUAUGCUAUGAUAUGUUAUUCUAUGUUAUGCUACGCUAUGUUAUGUCAUGCUACGCUAUGUUAUUUUAUGUUAUGCUACGCUAUGUUAUGCUAUGAUAUGUUAUUCUAUGUUAUGCUACGCUAUGUUAUGCUACGCUAUGUUAUGUCAUGCUACAUGCAAUGGGCACAACUUGUUUUAUUGUAGUGUCUCUGUGGACUGCUUUGUGAUCCCAGGGGAAAACAUCUAUCCAGAAGAGCAGCUACGAGCCCAUCUGGAACGAGCAGAUCAUCUUCACUGAGAUGUUUCCACCGCUCUGCAAACGCAUGAAGGUCCAGAUCCGAGACUCAGACAAAGUGAACGACGUGGCCCUCGGAACACACUUCAUUGACCUGAGAAAGAUCGCCAAUGAUGGAGACAAAGGUGCUUCAGUGGAGAAAUGUUUUCGUUUCUUUUUUUUGUGUUUCAUUUUUGAUAUAUUUGGUGUUUGUAUAAAGCAGGGCUCUCCCAGCCUGUUCCUGUAGAGCCCAUCCCUCCUGUAGGUUUUCACUCCAACCCUGUUCGCGGAGAGCUACCUUCCUGUAGGUUUUUGCUCCAACUCCAGUUGUAUCUAUUAAAUCAACUCACAACCAGCCAAUGAUUAGAAUCAGGCGUGCUAGAUUAGAGUUGGAGUGAAAACCUACAGGACGGUAGCUCCCCAGGAACAGGGUUGGAGAGCCCUGGGGUAGAGUCAAGUCAAGUGUAAUGAGUCCAAGCUGGACCAAUUUGGAGAAGUAUUACCUCAUGAAAAGUCUGACCAUGUUUAACCAACCGAGAGAUGCGUUUUAACAGUGUGUGGUCCGGAGUUGGCUGUGUUAGCGCUCCAAUCUCCAAAAGCAAUUGCAAAGUUGCCAUGUUCUUAACACCCAUACCCUUCUCUCCCAGGCUUCCUUCCCACCCUGGGUCCGGCCUGGGUGAACAUGUAUGGCUCCACACGUAGCUACACCAUCAUGGACGAGCACCAGGACCUGAACGAGGGUCUGGGGGAGGGGGUGUCCUUCAGGGCCCGUCUGCUGGUCAGCCUGGGUGUGGAGAUCCUGGACACCUCCUCUCCGGAGGUCAUGAGCUCCACUGAGGUCAAGGUGGAGGGGGUGCCCAACAUCUCAGAGGUGGGUCUCACACACACACACGCACACACACACACACACAUACAUACACACACACACGCUCUGUCUCUCUCUCUCUCUCUCUCUUUGUCUCUUUCUCUCUCUCGCUCUCUCUCUCUCUCUCUCUUUCUCUCUCUCUCUCUCUCUCUUUCUUUCUUUCUUUCUUUCUUUCUUUCUUUCUUUCUUUCUUUCUUUCUUUCUUUCUUUCUUUCUUUCUUUCUUUCUUGGGUGAGUGCUCAAGCAGACAAACCCUCCUACAGUGACUGACACCUCACAACAACAGGUCAUUGCGGUGCAAUCUGACUAAAUUAUUCAUCAUCUUUAUUUAGCUGAUCCUUGAUGCUACAUUAUUAACUGACUGUUUCCAUCGAUAGAGGUCUUUUAUGUGUUCAGACAAUGUAAGUCACAGAGCCGAUUGAACGAGGGAGCGUCUAUCUAACCGUCACUGGUCUUUGCCAGAUCCUGGACCAGAACUCUGCAUGCACCAUAUUUCCAUACUCAUCAUGGAAAUACUCACCAUAGUCUCAUAUAUUUUGAUACAUCAUACACCAUAUUAUACACGCUACAUCAUUCUCAAACCAUACAUUAUAUAUACAAAAAUAUGUGGACACCCCUUCAAAUUAGUGGAUUCGGGCUAUUUCAGCCACACCCGUUGCUGACAGGUGUAUAAAAUCGAGCACACAGCCAUGCAAUCUCCAUAGACAAAUAUUGGCAGUAGAAUGGCCUUACUGAAGAGCUCAGUGACUUUCACCGUGGCACCGUCAUAGGAUGCCACCUUUCCAACAAGUCAGUUCGUCAAAUUUCUGCCCAGCUAGAGCUGUCCCGGUCAACUGUAAGUGCUGUUAUUGUGAAGUGGAAACGUCUAGGAACAACGACGGCUCAGCCGCGAAGUGGUAGGCCACACAAACUCACAGAACGAGACCACCGAGUGCUGACGUGCAUAGCGCGUAAAAAAUUAUCUGUCCUCAGUUGCAACACUCACUACAGAGUUCCAAACUGCCUCUGGAAGCAACGUCAGCACAAGAACUGUCAGGAGCUUAAUGAAAUGGGUUUCCAUGGCCGAGCAGCCGCACAUAAGCCUAAGAUCACCAUGCGCAAUGCCAAGCAUCGGCUGGAGUGGUGUAAAGCUCGCCGCCAUUGGACACCAGUGGAAAUGCGUUGUCUGGAGUGAUGAAUCACGCGUCACCAUCUGGCAGUCUGACGGAGGAAUCUGGAUUUGGUGGGUGCCAGAAGAACGCUUCCUGCCCCAAUGCAUAGUGCCAAAUGUAAAGUUUGGUAGAGGAGGAUUAAUGGUCUGGGGCUGUUUUUCAUGGUUCGGGAUAGGCCCCUUAGUUCCAGUGACGGGAAAUCUUAACGCUACAGCAGACAAUGACAUUCUCUACAAUUCUAUGCCUCCAACUUUGUGCCAACAGUUUGGGGAAGGCCCUUUCCUGUUUCAGAAUGACAAUGCCCCUGUGCACAAAGCGAGGUCCAUACAGAAAUGAUUUGUCGAGAUCGGUGUGGAAGAACUUGACUGGCCUGCACAGAGUCCUGACCUCAACCCCAUCGUUGACUGCAAGCCGAAUCGCACAACAUCAGUGCGCAAACUCAUUAAUGCUCUUGUGGCUGAAUGGAAGUCCCCACAGCAAAGUUCCAACAUCUAGUGGAAAGCCUUCCCAGAAGAGUGGAGGCUGUUAUAGCAGCAAAGGGGUGACCAAAUUCAUAUUAAUGCCCAUGAUUUUGGAAUGAGAUGUUCGACGAGCAGGUGUCCACAUUCUUUUGGUCAUGUAGUGUACAUCUAGUUAUCACAUAUGAGGGUUUCCAUAUUGAUCUUUGUGUCUCCAUCCAUCAAGAAUACCAUUGUGAAAAUGGGGGGGGAAUUAUCCUGUUAUAAUGUAUAUCCAUGUUAAUUUUUGUGUCUCUCUCCAUCCAGAGUGCCACAGGGAAAGUGGAGGAGUUCUUCCUCUUUGGGGCAUUCCUGGAGGCCACCAUGAUUGACAGGAAGAUCGGGGACAAACCAAUCUGCUUCGAGGUUACAAUAGGUUGGUAGCUUCAAUAUCUCAGCCAAUGAGCCAACAUGACAUCAUCCUCUAUGAGGAAAUAGCAAGCAUUUUUUAAACGGUCUGUUUGAGGUGGGGUUUGUGAAGUUUUUUUUUUCUCUAAAUUUAUGCUUUUGCCACAAAUACAAGUAUAGGAUGAGUCAACAACAUUAUUUAGGUAUGAGUUAACAGAAUAUUAACUUUUAAAAGUGAGAUUUACGCUGGACAGUUACUUUAAGACUAGUCCUGGGUUUUAUAGUCUAGGACUAGCCUCAAUCCGUCCCUGAGAAACCAUCCCUCAAUGAAGAUUCUCCAUUGACAAUUCUUUCUAAUCCAUUACUAGGCUUAAUCUGGGUCCGGGCCUCCAUCCCAAUCUGCCCAGGCCUCCAUCCCAAUUCUUUCUAAUCCAUUACUAGGCUUAAUCUGUGUCCGGGUAACCAACCUUUGAUUUAUAUCGGCAUAUUUUAAAAGUGCGUCUUUUAACCAGGUAACUAUGGUAGCGAGAUUGAUGGUGUGACCAAACCCAAGUCGAGUAGCGGGAAGAAGAGUGGGGGAGACGGAGAUGAAGAGGAGACAGAACUGAUCCAUGGAUCCAGUGAUGAAGAGGAGGAAGAUGAAAAUGACCUGGUCUCAGUGUCCACCACCCCGCCCAUGAAACCAGUCAUCACCGACAGGUCAGAUCCCAACAGACACAUGACAUUAUAAUGACCUGGUCUGUGUCCACCACCCCGCCCAUGAAACCAGUCAUCACCGACAGGUCAGAUCCCAACAGACACAUGACAUUAUAAUGACCUGGUCUCAGUGUCCACCAUCCCGCCCAUGAAACUAGUCAUCACCGACAGGUCAUAUCUAGGGUUGCAAAAUUCUGGGAACUUUCAAUAAAUUCCCUGGUUUUCUAGAAAUCCUGGUUGGAGGAUUCCGGAUUUCCUGCUUAUUCCCUCCUGAUCCAGGGAAUUCUCCAACCGGAAAAUUAGGGAAUUCAUUAAAAGUUCCCAGAAUUUUGCAACCCUUGUCAAAUCCCAACAGACUCACUGGCAGAGUACCCCAGCGUGCCAAGCUGGUUAAAAGGAAGUUAGUUCUGGUUGUGAACUAGUUCUAAUGACAAUCAUUUCAGCUAGUUUUCCUGCUGGGAUUGUUGUUUUUUCUGCAACUGGAUCGUAAGUUUCUCUAGGUCAGGUUUCAUUCUCUCUUUUUAUGCAUCUCAAACCUUCAGAAACUAUUUCCACCUGCCUUACUUUGAGAGGAAGCCGUGUAUUUACAUCAAGAGCUGGUGGCAGGACCAGAGAAGAAGACUGUACAAUGCCAACCUUAUAGACAACAUUGCCGAUAAACUGGUGGGUCAAUCAAUCACUGUUACUCAAUUGAAAUGUGUAAGAACGACAUUAGUAAAACAUAAUAAAUAGUUAUAUUACCAACAUUCUUAAAACAUCAGAGUAAUGUUCUAUCAUGUCUGUAACACUGUGUCAACAGGAGGAGGGUCUGAACGAUGUUCAGGAGGUCAUUAAAACAGAGAAGGCCUAUCCUGAACGCAGACUGAGAGGGGUCCUGGAGGAUCUCAGCAAUGGAUGCAGGUCUCUACUGACCCUUUAACCCUACUGAGUUCCUACUGGCUCUAUACUGAUCCUUUAACCCUACUGAGUCCUACUACUGGCUCUAUACUGAUAACACUACUGAGUGCUACUGCUGGCUCUAUACUGAUAACACUACUGAGUCCUACUUCUGGCUCUAUACUGAUAACACUACUGAGUUCCUACUACUGGCUCUAUACUGAUAACCCUACUGAGUCCUACUACUGGCUCUAUACUGAUAACACUACUGAGUUCCUACUACUGGCUCUAUACUGAUAACACUACUGAGUCCUACUACUGGCUCUAUACUGAUAACACUGCUGAGUCCUACUACUGGCUCUAUACUGAUAACACUACUGAGUCCUACUACUGGCUCUAUACUGAUAACACUACUGAGUCCUACUGGCUCUAUACUGAUAACACUACUGAGUCCUACUACUGGCUCUAUACUGAUAACACUACUGAGUCCUACUACUGGCUCUAUACUGAUAACACUACUGAGUCCUACUUCUGGCUCUAUACUGAUAACACUACUGAGUCCUACUACUGGCUCUAUACUGAUAACACUACUGAGUCCUACUUCUGGCUCUAUACUGAUAACACUACUGAGUCCUACUACUGGCUCUAUACUGAUAACACUACUGAGUCCUACUACUGGCUCUAUACUGAUAACACUACUGAGACCUACUGGCUCUAUACUGAUAACACUACUGAGUCCUACUACUGGCUCUAUACUGAUAACACUACUGAGUGCUACUGCUGGCUCUAUACUGAUAACACUACUGAGUCCUACUUCUGGCUCUAUACUGAUAACACUACUGAGUCCUACUACUGGCUCUAUACUGAUAACACUACUGAGUCCUACUACUGGCUCUAUACUGAUAACACUACUGAGUCCUACUACUGGCUCUAUACUGAUAACACUACUGAGUCCUACUACUGGCUCUAUACUGAUAACACUACUGAGUCCUACUACUGGCUCUAUACUGAUAACACUACUGAGUCCUACUACUGGCUCUAUACUGAUAACACUACUGAGUCCUACUACUGGCUCUAUACUGAUAACACUACUGAGUCCUACUGGCUCUAUACUGAUAACACUACUGAGUCCUACUACUGGCUCUAUACUGAUAACACUACUGAGUCCUACUACUGGCUCUAUACUAAUAACACUACUGAGUCCUACUACUGGCUCUAUACUGAUAACACUACUGAGUCCUACUACUGGCUCUAUACUGAUAACACUACUGAGUCCUACUACUGGCUCUAUACUGAUAACACUACUGAGUCCUACUACUGGCUCUAUACUGAUAACACUACUGAGUCCUACUUCUGGCUCUAUACUGAUAACACUACUGAGUCUUACUGGCUCUAUACUGAUAACACUACUGAGUCCUACUACUGGCUCUAUACUGAUAACACUACUGAGUCCUACUACUGGCUCUAUACUGAUAACACUACUGAGUCCUACUUCUGGCUCUAUACUGAUAACACUACUGAGUCCUACUUCUGGCUCUAUACUGAUAACACUACUGAGUCUUACUGGCUCUAUACUGAUAACACUACUAAGUCCUACUACUGGCUCUGUACUGUCUUACUCAAUUCCUUGUUUUUAGGAGGACAUUGUCUGUAUCCAAUAAGCUCUGAUCUAAAGUAGUGUACUAUAUAGGGAAUAGGGUGCCAUUUGGAACGCUGCCAUUGACUGACAUUUAAUCAUUUUUUCUAGUCAAUUUCUGACUCUGGCUAACAAGGACCAGAACCAGACUGGGAGGACCAAGCUGGACAAAGAGAGACUCAAGUCCUGCAUGAGGGAACUGGUACGGCAAACAUGAUCUAUGACUGUAGUGUUUUUAUAUAUGAUUCUCUGUCACAUAUUACACCCAGUCCUGGACUAGUCCUGGACUAAAACGCUAUUUCUACUGAGCCUGCUUUUAGUCCAAGACUGGGCUUUGUCUGUGUCCAGGAAACAGGCCAUUCGUGUGUCAGUGGUAAAAAGUGUACUUGUCUCAUUGUGUGUGCUUGUAGGAGAACAUAGGUCAGCAGGCUAAGACCAUCAGGACACAGGUGAAGAAGAACACAGUGAGGGAUAAGAUCAAGAUGGUGCAGAACUUCCUCCAAAAGCUCAGGUUCCUAGCUGACGAGGUAAGUCAGGAAGGGGUAUAUAUGUAUGGUACAUAUACAAUAGUUAAUCAAUCUAAAGCUAUUGAUUCCAUUCCAGAUGUCUUUGUUCAUCUUUUUUUUUUCCUUUAUAUUAUGUGUAUAUUUGUUGAAUGGUUGUUAUUGUUGUUUUAACCCUGUUUGCACUACACAUUUCCCAAUUGGGACAAUAAAUAUAUUUGAGAUUGAUUGAUUGGUUGAUUGACUGGCUGAUUGAUUGAAUCCUCUGUGUGUAAUUGCAGCCUCAGCACAGCAUCCCUGACAUCUACAUCUGGAUGAUGAGUAACAACAAGCGUAUCGCCUACGCCCGUGUCCCCUCCAAAGACAUCCUGUACUCCGGGGUGGAGGAGGAGACUGGGAAGGACUGUGGCAAAGUCAAAACCAUCUUCCUUAAGGUCUUUGAAUAGUUAUUCUACGUCCAAAACCAAAGCCUAUUUCCUCUUCCAGUGUGUGUUUAUUGAUUUAGCUUGAAAUCCCCCAAAAGUAAUAAUUACAGCCAUUCCCUUUUCAGUUUUAACUUGUUUUGAACCACUGCUGGUGCGUCCAUCUGAUUUUCCUUCAUGUGUUUGCCUCAUCAUGCCCAGCUGCCUGGUAAGAAGGGCUUUGGGGCAGCUGGCUGGACAGUGCAGGCUAAGACAGAGAUCUACCUGUGGCUGGGUCUGAACCGUCAGAGGAAAGACUUCCUGUCUGGUCUGCCCAACGGCUUUGAGGAGAACAAGAUGCUGAAAGGACCUGGCUCACAGUCUGCUCCCCCCAUCAGCCUCACAUACAUGAGUAAGAGGGACUGAUAAAUGCUUACAUUAUCAGCGGUCUAGACACAUGAGUAAGGGAGAUGGUGAUGUCCCAUGCAUGUGCCACACAUAUCCACAUAUCCAUAGAAACAGAAUGAAUAGAACGGACAAAUCCCUCAGAUUUACCCUGGUGGUCUCGGUCUGUGCUUUAUAGCAAACUCCUUAUGGUGGUUGUCAUCCCUGACGUUCUUCAGGGAGCGUUGACUUGAAUGGGAAUGUUUUUUCUAGUAGUUCUAAUUCUAUUCACAUAUUGUAUCACUACGAAGAAGGGAAGCUAGAGAAUCCCAUUGAUAAAUGCUUAUCUAUCUUCCCCCUCCACAGUGAAGCAGAUCUUCCAGCUGAGGGUCCAUAUGUACCAGGCUCGCAGCCUGUUUGCGGCAGACAGCAGCGGCCUCUCUGACCCCUUCGCCAGGGUCUUCUUCUCCACACACAGCCAGGUCACAGAGGUAGGACAACUAGAUUUGUUUGUUUGUUUAUUCAUUUUUUUUAAAUACAGUGAUUCCAUGAAUAUAACUUUCUAUCAUCUUUCAAGUAAUUUAAGAAUCAGUAUAAGAAUAACAGAAUGGUGAACGAGAGUAACAAGAUGGUGAAUGAAUGAAUGAAUUAAUUAAUUAAUAUCAUUCUCUGCCCAGGUGCUGAAUGAGACACUGUGCCCCACCUGGGACCAGCUGAUGGUGUUCGACAACGUAGAACUGUUCGGAGAGGUCGGCGAACUCAGGGACGACCCUCCUAUAAUCGUCAUAGAAAUCUAUGACCAGGACACGGUGGUAAGCAUGAUGCCUGGUUAGAACCCAGACCUCUCUUUCCUUGCUGCUCCAGUCCUCUAAGUAACAUAAAAUGAGUCUCUGCAUUUCAAUGAGAUCUUGUAGAUACAGUAGUAGGUGCUUUGUUAGCAUCAUUUUUAAAUAAUGUUGCAACUUACAUGUUAAUCUGAUUUAUAUGAAUUAUAUUUGAAAGAAUGUAUAUGUUUACUCAACUGAUGAUCUUAUAUCUAUUCCUGAACAUAAACACCAUUGUUUUGGAUGACCCUGGCUCGGGAUAAGUAGAGUGUGAAUUUCAUUCUGAUUGAAGUCUUGGAGUAGUGGAUGAGAGCAUUAUGCCCCUAGGCAGGGCUCUCCUAGCCUCGUAUGAACCAUCCUGAUCUCGCGAGCUGAUGUUCUGUUUCGCGAAAACAGAAUGUAAGCUCGCGAGAUCAGGAUAAUUCGUACAAGACUAGUGCUCUCCAACCCUGUUCCUGGAGAGCUACCCUCCUGUAGGUUUUUGCUCCAACCCCAGUUCUAACAAACCUGAUUCAGCAAUAUGGAAUCAGCUUUAUCAACUAGCUAAUUAUUAGAAUCAGGUGUGCUUAAUUAGGGUCGGAGCAAAAACCUACUGGACGGUAGCUCUCCAGGAACAGGGUUGUAGAGCCUUGGACCAAGGCAUGCAAGAGGUAUAAAAGAUUUAGCUGGAAAGACACAUUCACUGGACAUCAGCCUUACCCCUCUUGCAUUCCUUCAAUGGAAGCUUUUUGCUUAUGCGGUACAGUGGUUAUGUUUGGGUGUCAUUUCCAUCAUUUUUUAGCCUAGUCCCAGAUCUGUUCUGAAGUGUGUGUGUGUAUAGCUAACUCCUAAAGUCAAGUUGGCAAAACAGUACAAACAGAUCUGGGACCAGGGCUAGUUUAUUUUCAUUGUUCUCCUGUAUUAUCUUGAGCUUUGAAGCAUGUGCAUUGUCAAGCCAUGCUUCUUUGUUGGGUAAAGCUAAUACCAUACUUAACCUAUUGAUGAAUGAUGUGGCAUGAACACCCUCUAUUGUAUGUGAACACAGGCCAAUUUCUUCGGAUUGUAGAUAGUACAGUAUUACAAAGAGACCAUUCUUUCAAAUAUUUAAACCUUAAUUCAUAAUUGUGGACGUGGUGUGGUCCUUGAUUUAUCAAAGCAGGUUCAGGGUUAUAUGUCUUCCUGUUAUGUUAUGAUGUGACUCCAGGGCAAAGCAGAGUUCAUGGGCAGGACCUUCGCCAAGCCCAUAACCAAGAUGGCUGACGAACACUACGGACCUCCACGUUUCCCUCCCCAACUAGAGUACUACCAGAUCUAUAGGGGGAACUGCACCGCUGGAGAGAUGCUGGCAGCCUUCGAACUGCUGCAGGUGAGCCUGGCAAUAGAUCAACCUCAACAUUAUUUGUCCCAAAGUGGAGGGAAAUUGAUUGUGGGACAAAUAAAGGUAGAAGUUGAACAAACGUUUACUUUCAAAGUUUUUGUAUUCUGAGAUUUCCUAGGUUAAUAAUAGUAAAACUAAAUAUUAUUUCUGCCAGUCAUGUGACAAUAGAUUAUUUGAUUAGACCUAAAUGAAUCAGUAAUGUUGAUGUCUGUAACGUCUGUUAAUUUUUCAGAUUGGUCCGCAUGGUAAAGCUGACCUGCCGCCCAUCGACGGUCCUACAGACAUGGACCGUGGUCCCAUCCUACCUGUCCCUCUGGGCAUCAGACCAGUCCUCAGCAAGUACAGGAUCGAGGUGGGAGUUAACCUCCUCUUGGUGUACAGGAAGUGUAGCUGUCAAUAUUGCUGUAACAUUUAGGAAAUGCUUAUGUACUGCUUAUGAAUGGGUUAUGAACGGGUUAUGAACGGGUUAUGAACGGGUUAUGAAUAGGUUAUGAAUAUGUUAUGAAUGUGUCAUGAAUGGGUUAUGAAUGGGGUAUGAAGGCCUGAUGUAGGUACCCUUUAAAUAAAGUAUUACUGAAUUGUUCCAUUUUCCAGGUGCUGUUCUGGGGCCUCAGGGACCUGAAGAGGGUCAACCUAGCCGCGGUGGACAGGCCUCGUGUGGACAUAGAAUGUGCCGGUAAAGGAGUCCAGUCUUCCCUCAUCCAGAACUACAAGAAAAAUCCCAACUUCGGCACCCUGGUUAAGAUGUUUGAGGUGGUGAGUUCUCUUUAAAAUCAUUCCAUCAUUCACCUGGUUCUCGCCUAAUAACAACCAAAAUAUGACGAUUUUCCCAUGACGUUGUGAUGUCGUCAUGAAAACUAAAUCUUGACCUUACUGUAACAGAGAUCAGUUGGUUUUAAUGUGAUUAUAUCAAGUCUUCUCAACCAGAAAACCGUUUUUCCAACCAGGAAAUGACACCAUUAAGAUGCCAUGUGCCAAAUGUGGCCCAUUCAUUUACUGUGAACUUAUGUUCUUCAGGAUUUGCCUGAGAAUGAGCUGCUCCACCCUCCCCUGAACAUCAGAGUGGUGGACUGCAGAGCGUUCGGUCGCUACACCUUAGUGGGGAACCAUGCUGUCACCACAUUACGCAAGUUCAUCUACCGGGCAACAGACAAGCAAGCCAACAACUGGAACACUGAAGGUACACACACAUGCACACACAUACACGCACACGCCCGCACACACACACACACACACACACACACACACACACACACACACACACACACACACACACACACACACACACACACACACACACACCUCGCAGUGCCCUUGCACUUUGCAAAGGUCGGGAAGAUAAAUGAUUUGUACCACUGAUACUCAUGCAGUCUUUCUCCUCUCCCAGAGGAGAUCAUUGUCAACUACGAGCCAGAGCCCUCCAUCAAGAAGAUGGAGACCAUGGUCAAGCUGGACUCUGUAAGAUCUCACACCGUUACAUUAAUGUUAACUUGAAUAAUAAACUUGAAUAAAACAUCCUGAGUUGUAAUAUAGCUGAUAUUAUAUGUUUUGUGGUGUUUUUCAGGGGUCUGAUGCGGUGGUUAAAAUUGAGGUAAGCGUUACGACGUUGAUCUGGAAAUGUCUCUGUUUCUCAAUGUAGGGACAAUGUUAAAAGCAUUUGUAGGGUGACGGUUUAUUUGUUAAGUUUGUACAGUAGUUUAAAAUAUAAAAAAAGGGCUAUUGCAACCUGUAAUCUAACCUUACAUUGAUGUUGUAGGAGGAUGAGAAGGGAGGGAAGAAGAAGAAGAGGAAGAAGGGAGGAGGAGACGAGGUGGAGGAGGAGGAGUUUGAUGAGAGCAUGUUGGAUUGGUGGUCAAAGUACUUCGCCUCGAUCGAAACUCUGAUGGAGGUGAGGCCAUCCGUGAAAAUGGCAUUGUUAUUUCGUUUUUCCUUUAACAUUAUUAUCAUUUUAUGGCUACUGUGUAUUUGAUAUUAUUGGUUUGUGUGUGACUCGGUAGAUUCUCAAGGCUCAGGAGGCAGCUAUGGCGGACGCCGAGGAGAAAGAGGACCAGGAUAUUUCUGCUGAGGGUGGAGGUAACAAAUACAAUCCUACACUGUGGAAAACACCAGAGAGGCAGAUCUAGAACAUCUAGGAUUUAUCUAUACAGAUUUCUAUGUAUCAUCAAUAUGUUCUCAUGUUAAGGUUGCUGAUGUCUGUUAAUUUGGUAGAGAUUGAAAUGUAGAUACCAUAGAUACAGACAAACCUUAAAGUCUUGUAGAUGGUCCAGCAUAAUCAUGAACCUUUGCAUAUUGAUCAUUGGACUUUAAAGUAGAAUGUUAUUAUUGCAGUCGAAUGGAAUUAUCAGGUUGUGUGCUAUGUCCACUUUCAUGUACCUACUAUCCAGUAUGUGUUGUCCUCUUAGAAUCAGGACAACCCCUACUACUAACCCUUCCCAUGACCCCUGACCUCUGUCAUAGUUAAUCUCUGCAUACAUUAACACAGACAUGAACCCUUACCAUAAUCCCUGACCUCUGUCAUGAAUCCAUGAUUUCCAUCACUUCAACUGCAUAUCUAUUACCAUUAUGCCGGUCAUGGAAGAUGUCUAUGUAAAAUAUGAACAAUGUGUAAAACACACAUAAAUAGUUAAGGAUAGCUUUGAAUUAACAUGAUACAUAAAACAGUUUAUAUAAAACUAACAAACAAAUCUUUUUGAAUCCCAAAUGCACUAUUGUGCAGAGAUUGUGUGCAAAGCUAAGCUUAUGACCUAUUGGCUAAAUGUUGUCCUAGCUAUUCUGAAAGGUCUGUUGCACUGGCAUUCACUGUAUAUACUGUUCACAGAGACGAUUUUAACAUGAACAUAUUGGUAGGGCAAACUUAAUCAACAAAGCUCACGAUGUGCAUCGAAACCAGCACAAUCCCAACCCUAAAAAUGAGUUUUGAGCCGUUAUAACGUUUGGGUUAUGAUCAGUUUAUGGCUACUCCCCACAUCUUUAACUCUUAUUGCACGGAAGUCCAUGGUAGUCGCAUACUAUUAUAGAAUAAACUAGCUAGUAAUCAGUCUGCAAUAUUGCGACACUGCAUACGUCUGCCUGUUAUAAAGGGGCCCGGUUAACAAUAUGUAACGUUUGUAACGCUAUUCCCUCGCGUCAUCUAUUGCACAGUUCCAGUUCCAUCAAAUAUAUUUAUAACUAACCCUUCUUCUACAUGUGGUUCAAUGGGUAUUACAGUCUGCCAUCAAACAUCAACAAUAAGACUGGUAGCCUAUAGGGUGUUAUAGCUAGCCUACCUCAAAACAGAGACCCUGCUCCAUGACCCACCACCAACCACUCCACUUGAAUCUUCUUUUCCAGCUUACUUUAUUUUAAUGGAUGGACAUAUUUUAAAAUGUAGGUGGCUAACGAGCACCAAGACGUUUUAUCUCGACAUUUCCUUCAUACAGCUAAGUUUGAAAGUGAUUUGCUAGGAGAUAGCUAAGCUUGUCGACAUGUUUCAGCUAGCUAAGUUACCUAGGUUGAAGACGUGGUAACAGUGCGUGGUAAACAACUAGCUAGCUAUGAAGUUGAAACAUCAGUCUAAUCAAAGUUACCGGGCCUAAGAUGUUGAUUUAUCUGGCAAGCUCUCUUAGCAGGUGCUGCGGUGAUGUAGUAUCCCCAUGAGUGACAGCACCCUUAGCCAAUCACGCGCAACCAGAGAAAAUCAAUGACGCUUAUGCUCUGUAAUUUCUCUGUCUGCCACUCCACCACGAGCGAGGCUGAAACAGCUGCCUUUAGGAGCUUCCUUAGUCAAUGAAAAUUUACAAAACAAGAAUACAAUGGGAAAGCGACCACGUAUACUUUAUUAGAUCAAACAAUUCUUUAAAUAAAAUUCAAUUGGGUGCUAAAAUGUUAUAUUGUUGUGACAUGAAAUAACAGAAUUGCAAAUCUCCUGGAUAAUGGUGGGGCUCAGCCACACCUGCGCCCACGUGAUGCAUCGCCACUGACCGUUCAUAUUCAGUUUUCACCCCUCACCCCUCACCCCAUGUCCCUAACCUCAGAUAUCAAACCUGAUGACUCUCCUGUCAAAGGAAAGAAAGGAAAGGGAAAGAAGGACAAGAAGCGGCCUGGAGAAAUACCAGAGAAGAAGAAGCACAAACUCAAUGAGCUGCAGGUAUGUGGCUACUCAACACCACCCAGCCAGCAAAACAGAUUACAGUGCCUUCAGAAAGUAUUCAUACUCCUUGACUUACUCAACAUUGUGUUGUGUUACAGCCUGGAUUCAAAAUGGAUGUAAAAAUAUAUGUAUAUAUAUUCACUCAUCUACACAAAAAGUGAAAACUUAACAAAUGUAUUGAAAAUUAAAUACAGAAAUAUCUCAUUUACAUGAGUAUUCACAUCAUUGAGCCAAUACUUUAUAGAAACACCUUUGGCUGCGAUUAACUGCUGUUAGUCUUUGGGGGGGGGGGGGGGGGGGGGGGGGGGUAAGUCUGAGAGCUUUGCACUGAAUUGUACAAUAUUUGCACAUAAUUCUUCAAGCUCUGUCAAGUUUAUUGUUGAUCAUAUAUGUACAUACAGUACCAGUCAAAAGUUUGGACACACCUACUCGUUCAAAGUUUUUUUUUUUUUUUUUUUUUUUACAAUUUUGUACAUAAUAGUGAAAACAUCAAAACGAUGAAAUAACACAUAUGGAAUCAUGUAGUAACCAAAAAAGUGUUAAACAAUUCAAAAUAUAUUUUAUAUUUGAGAUUCUUCAAACAGCCACCCUUUGCCUUGAUGACAGCUUUGCACCCUCUUGGCAUUCUCUCAACCAGCUUCAUGAGGUAGUCAGCUGGGAUGCAUUUCAAUUAACAGGUGUGCCUUCUUCAAAGUUAAUUUGUGGAAUUUCUUUCCUUCUUAAUGCAUUUGAGCCAAUCAGUUGUGUUGUGACAAGGUAGGUGGGGUAUACAGAAGAUUGCCCUAUUUGGUAAAAGACCAAGUCCAUAUUAUGGCAAGAACAGCUCAAAUAAGCAAAGAUAAAUGACAGUCCAUCAUUACUUUAAGACAUGAAGGUCAGUCAAUACGGAACAUUUCAAGAACUUUGAAAGUUUCUUCAAGUGCAGUCGCAAAAACCAUCAAGCGUUACGAUGAAACUGGCUCUCAUGAGGACCGCCACAGGAAUGGAAGAUCCAGAGUUACCUCUGCUACAGAGAAUAAGUUCAUUAAAGUUACCAGCCUCAGAAAUUGCAGCCCAAAUGAAAGCUUCACAGAGUUCAAGUCACAGACACAUCUCAACAUCAACUGUUCAAAGGACACUGUGUGAAUCAGGCCUUCAUGGUGGAAUUGCUGCAAAGAAACCACUACUAAAGGACACCAAUAAGAAGAAGAGACCUGCAUACACACAUGCAUACAUACAUACACAUUGCUAGACAGACAUUUUCAAGUCUUGCCAUAGAUUUUCAAGCUGAUUUAAGUCAAAACUGUAACUAGGCCACUCAGGAACAUUCAAUGUUGUCUUGGUAAGCAACUCCAGUGUAUAUUUGGCAUUGUGUUUAAAGUUAUUGUCCUGCUGAAAGGUGAAUUUGUCUCCCAGUGUCUGUUGGAAAGCAGACUGAACCAGGUUUUUCUCUAGGAUUUUGCCUAUGCUUAUAGCUGUAUUCUGUUUUUUUUUAUCAACAAAAAAACUCCACAGUCCUUGCUGAUGACAAGCAUACCCAGGACAUGAUGCAGCCAAAGAGUGGUUGUGUUGUGUUGGAUUUGUCCCAAACAUACUGUAUAAUGCUUUGUAUUCAGGACGAAAAGUUAAUUUCUUUGCCACAUUUUUGCAGUAUUACUUAAGUGCCUUGUUGCAAACAGGAUGCAUGUUUUGGAAUAUUUGAUUUCUGUACAAGCUUCCUUAUUUUCACUCUGUCAUUUAGGUUAGUAUUGUGGAGUAACUACAAUAUUGUUGAUACAUCCUCAGUUUUCUCAUAUCACAACCAUUAAACUGUAACUGUUUUAAAAUCACCAUUGGCCUCAUGGUGAAAUCCCUGAGCAGUUUCCUUCCUCUUCGGCAACUGAGUUAGGAAGGACGCCUGUAUCUUUGUAGUGACUGGGUGUAUUGAUACACCAUCCAAAGUGUAAUUAAUAACUUCACCAUGCUCAAAGGGAUAUUCAGUGUCUGCUUUUUUUAUUCUUACACAUCUACCAAUCAGUUCCCUUUUUUGCGAGGCAUUGAAAAACCUCCCUGGUCUUGGUGGUUGAAUCUGUGCAUGAAUUUCACUACUCGAUUGAGGGACCUUGCAGAUAAUUGUAUGUGUGGGAUACAGAGAUGAGGUAGUCAUAAAAAGUAAUGUUAACCACUAUUAUUGAACACUGAAUGAGUCCAUGCAACUUAUUAUGUGACUUAUUGAGCACAUUUGUACUCCUGAACUUAUUUUGGCUUGCCAUAAGAAAGGGGUUGAAUACUUAUUUUUUAUUAAUUUAAAAAAUGUUCUACAAACAAAAUUCCACUUUUACAUUAUGGGGUAUUGUGUGUAGAUCACUGACACAAAAUCUCAAUUUAAUCCAUUUUAAAUUCAGGCUGUUCAAAACAGAAGUCUGGGCAAAUACUGUAUAUUCUUUCUUUCUUUAUUUUCAUGAUUUUACUGUAUAGAGCAACUUUUUGUAUUUCCUCAUUAGGUGUACCCGAAGGAGUUGGAGAAGGACUUUGAUAACUUUGAAGACUGGCUUCACACCUUCAACCUGUUCAGAGGGAAGGCUGGAGACGACGACGACCAGAACAUGGCGGAUGAGGACAGGAUUAUUGGCAAAUUCAAAGUAAAACCCCUUUCACACAGAUGGCCUUCCCUUCUUCUUUGUCGGAGACGGAAGAGAGAAGGAACUAGCCUGGUCCCAGAUCUUCAUGUGCUGUACAUUAGAUUCUGCCGUAGUUGUUCAAUGACUAAAGGAGUUGUCUAUAGGAGUUGUCUAUAGGAGUUGUCUAUAGGAGUUGUCUAUAGAGUUGUCUAUACAGCAUACAAAUAUCUGGGACCAGGUUAGGAAGAAUCAGUAUUGAGCAUACAGCAUCCAUUAUUUUGUUGAAUACCACACCCCACCCAAUCCUGAUAUAGUGAUGUGACAUGAAAUAACAGAGUUGCAUGCAAAGGGUAAGCCAACACGAAACACAGCCCUUAUUUUAAGGGUUUCUAAAAUCCCCUGUGGGAAAAAUGAAUGGAACCAUUUCCCUGUUUGACCACUAGGUUUUAUGGGUAUUAUGACACCUUCACUGUGGCGCUCUAUUUCAGUUGAACGCAUCCCCCCCCUCUUUCCAGAAUCUAAAACAAUUGUGCAUGUCUGUUUGUGUUUCAGGGCUCUCUGUGCAUGUACAAAGUGCCGGUGUCAGAUGAGAUGCAGAGGGAGAUGGGCUUCGACUCCAACAUGGGCAUGUUCCAGAACAUUCCAACCAAUGACCCAAUCAACGUUGUAGUCCGGGUCUAUAUCAUCAGGGUAUCUACACAACACAAAACUACACUACACUGUCUACACUACACUGCACAACACUACACUACACUACACUACACUGCACAACACUACACUACACUGCACAACACUACACUACACUGUCUACACUUCACUACACUACACUGCACAACACAACACUACACUACACUACACUGUCUACACUUCACUACACUACACUGUACUGAGUACAACUUACAAUCCUAAAUAUCAGAAUUAAUCUUGGAAGCUACAGAUUAGACUAUCCUGUGAUUAUUAACAUGUAAUGUCUUGAUUGUCAAAUAAAACCAAAUAAAAUAUUUUCUAAAGGCAACUGAUCUGCAUCCAGCGGAUAUCAAUGGAAAAGCUGAUCCGUACAUCGCUAUCAAACUGGGAAAGGCAGACAUCAAAGACAAAGAGAACUACCUCUCCAAACAACUCAAUCCUAUCUUUGGCAAGUAAGUGGAGAAACUCUAAAAACAAUAUUUCGUCCAUUUCCACUAACAUUCAUGAUGUCGUAGUAGAAUGAAUUUAUCCUUGAUAUGGCCUUAAUUAUUAAUAGCAUACGAGCUAGCCAAGUAAUUUACUCUGACUGGCACUACUUGUAUAAUUAUAGCUUGCGCAUUUAAAGUGUAAACAUGUUGAAAAGAAUAACCAUAAGUUAUGACAAAAGACUUUAAAAAAGUCAUUUAUUUUGAACCCAUCAGAUCCUUUGACAUCGAAGCCACAUUUCCCAUGGACUCCACACUAACAGUGUCAGUCUAUGACUGGGACUUAGUGGGCACUGACGACCUGAUUGGAGAGACUAAACUGGAUCUGGAGAACCGCUAUUACAGCAAGCACAGAGCUAUAUGUGGCCUCCCAUCCAAAUAUGCCAUGUAAGUACUAUUACAGUAGCCUGACGACUCACACAUUUGGCCGGAGCAAGGAGUCUGGAUAGCCAGGCAACUAUUACAGCAAGCACAGAGCAAAAUGUGGCAUCAAAUCCAUGUAGGUGCACCCUCUCUUUUGCCUAUAUAUAUACGUACAACACAGGAUCCUGUAUAUGAUCCAAUUCAGGACUUACCUAGGAUCCUUACCUAAAGGAUUCAUAAAUAAAUACCCAAUAUUAUCUUAGAACUGUGAGGCAUUCAAUUUGUUUGUCUCCAUCUUUGUUUUUCGUCUCUGUAGCCAUGGCUACAACGUGUGGCGGGAUCCCCUGAAGCCGACCCAGAUCCUGGCCAAGCUGUGUAAAGAGGGCAAGCUGGACGGACCCCACUACGGCCCUGGAGGACGGGUCAAGGUGGCCAACAGGGUCUUCAUGGGCCCAACCGAGAUUGAAGAUGAAAAUGGUACUGUAUAGAGUACAACACAACAACAUUACCUGAAAUGCUUUCUACCCUCCCAUGUUGGUUACUGUACCCCCAAUCACAUUUUGCUCUGCCUGUCUGAAGUACCCCCUCAUGUACAACUGAUCAUAUAGGUCUAUGUUCUUAUGAGCUUUCCCUGUGGGUAGGCCAGGUAGUACUCGACUAGUGUAGUACCCCAGGUUGACAAUUACUGUCUGUCUGGGUUGGUCUGGUGAUGCUCUUUAGGUCUGAAGAAGCAGACGGAUGAGCACCUGGCCCUGACGGUGCUAAAGCACUGGGAGGAUAUCCCCAGGGUGGGCUGUAAACUCAUCCCAGAACAUGUGGAGACCAGACCACUCCUCAACCCUGACAAGCCUGGCAUCGAACAGGUAGUACAAGGUUGCCUUUAAGGCUGUGCUUGCUAGCUGCCUGAGUGCCUGCUUCAGUGUUUCAAAUGAUCUAUCUGGUGAAAGUAGUAAAGUACAGUAAAGUAAAGUUGACACAUUUUCCAUGUGAAGGUAGGCCUGAUUGAUUAGGUUUGAUUGCUGUGUAGUUCAAUUGUAUCUCACCCCAUGUUUGUCUGUGUGUUUCUCUUUGUGUAGGGGAGGAUUGAGAUGUGGGUGGACAUGUUCCCCAAGGAUAUGCCUGCACCUGGACCGGCCAUUGAUAUCUCACCCAGGAAACCAAAGAAGUAUGUUCUAGUACAAUGUAAUGUGCUUUUAAAAAAAUGUAGUAAGAGAAUUUGCAAAGUGAAAUAAAAGUUAUGAUGAAUGUGCAUUGUCCCCCAAAUUACAUUUGGCGUAGUCAGCAGGAUUAGAUAUCAGUAAUACUGUAUAUUAGUGGGGCAAGGGUCAGCUGUUUGUUCACCCACACCCACCCGCAAUUGCUAAUAACAGAUCCGCAACCCACCGACUAUAUGUGAUAAAGUGAAGACCCGCACCCGACCCUAACACGCUAAUAUAUAAAAUGCGCUGUAGGCUAGUCAGACGGCGAAUUUGAAAGGGGGUGUUUUUGCAUGAUUUUAGAUAUGUUUCUGCUAAUAAUUUCCAACAUUUUGGUAGUCAACUUGUCUAUAACUAGAUAUCAAUUUUUUUAUUUAACCUUUAUUUAACCAGGUAAGCCAGUUGAGAACAAGUUCUCAUUUACAACUGCGACCUGGCCAAGAUAAAGCAAAGCAGUGCGAUAAAAACAAACAACAACACAGAAUUACAUAUGGAAUAAACAAAAACGUACAGUCAAUAACACAAUAGAAAAUAGAAAAUCUAUAUACAGUGUGUGCAAAUGUAGUAAGUUAUGGAGGUAAGGCAAUAAAUAGGCCAUAGUGCAAAAUAAUUACAAUUUAGUAUUAACACUGGAGUGAUAGAUGUGCAAAUAGAGAUACUGGGGUGCAAAUUAGACAAAUAAAUAACAAUAUGGGGAUGAGGUAGUUGUGUGGGCUAAUUACAGAUGGGCUGUGUACAGGUACAGUGAUCGGUAAGCUGCUCUGACAACUGAUGCUUAAAGUUAGUGAGGGAGAUAAGUGUCUCCAGCUUCAGAGAUUUUUGUAGUUCGUUCCAGUCAUUUGCAGCAGAGAACUGGAAGGAAUGGCGGCCAAAGGAGGUGUUGGCUUUGGGGAUGACCAGUGAGAUAUACCUGCUGGAGCGCAGACUACGGGUGGGUGUUGCUAUGGUGACCAAUGAGCUAAGAUAAGACGGGGAUUUGCCUAGCAGAGAUUUAUAGAUGGCCUGGAGCCAGUGGGUUUGGCGACGAAUAUGUAGUGAGGGCCAGCCAACGAGAGCGUACAGGUCACAGUGGUGGGUAGUAUAUGGGGCUUUGGUAACAAAACGGAUGGCACUGUGAUAGACUACAUCCAAUUUGCAGAGUAGAGUGUUGGAAGCUAUUUUGUAAAUGACAUCGCCGAAGUCAAGGAUCGGUAGGAUAGUCAGUUUUACGAGGGCAUGUUUAGCAGCAUGAGUGAAGGAGGCUUUGUUGCGAAACAGGAGGCCGAUUCUAGAUUUAAUUUUGGAUUGGAGAUGCUUAAUGUGAGUCUGGAAGGAGAGUUUACGGUCUAACCAGACACCUAGGUAUUUGUAGUUGUCCACAUAUUCUAAGUCAGACCCGCCGAGAGUAGUGAUUCUAGUCGGGCGGGCGGGUGCAAGCAGCGUUCGAUUGAAGAGCAUGCAUUUAGUUUUACUAGCGUUUAAGAGCAUAUGCAGCUUCUCUUCUGUCAUUAUACACUGCUCAAAAAAAUAAAGGGAACACUUAAACAACACAAUGUGACUCCAAGUCAAUCACACUUCUGUGAAAUCAAACUGUCCACUUAGGAAGCAACACUGAUUGACAAUACAUUUCACAUGCUGUUGUGCAAAUGGAAUAGACAACAGGUGGAAAUUAUAGGCAAUUAGCAAGACACCCCCAAUAAAGGACUGGUUUUGCAGGUGGUGACCACAGACCACUUCUCAGUUCCUAUGCUUCCUGGCUGAUGUUUUGGUCACUUUUGAAUGCUGGCGGUGCUUUCACUCUAGUGGUAGCAUGAGACGGAGUCUACAACCCACACAAGUGGCUCAGGUAGUGCAGCUCAUCCAGGAUGGCACAUCAAUGCGAGCUGUGGCAAGAAGGUUUGCUGUGUCUGUCAGCGUAGUGUCCAGAGCAUGGAGGCGCUACCAGGAGACAGGCCAGUACAUCAGGAGACGUGGAGGAGGCCGUAGGAGGGCAACAACCCAGCAGCAGGACUGCUACCUCUGCCUUUGUGCAAGGAGGAGCAGGAGGAGCACUGCCAGAGCCCUGCAAAAUGACCUCCAGCAGGCCACAAAUGUGCAUGUGUCUGCUCAAACGGUCAGAAACAGACUCCAUGAGGGUGGUAUGAGGGCCCGACGUCCACAGGUGGGGGUUGUGCUUACAGCCCAACACCGUGCAGGACGUUUGGCAUUUGCCAGAGAACACCAAGAUUGGCAAAAUCGCCACUGGCGCCCUGUGCUCUUCACAGGUGAAAGCAGGUUCACACUGAGCACAUGUGACAGACGUGACAGAGUCUGGAGACGCCGUGGAGAACGUUCUGCUGCCUGCAACAUCCUCCAGCAUGACCGGUUUGGCGGUGGGUCAGUCAUGGUGUGGGGUGGCAUUUCUUUGGGGGGCCGCACAGCCCUCCAUGUGCUCGCCAGAGGUAGCCUGACUGCCAUUAGGUACCGAGAUGAGAUCCUCAGACCCCUUGUGAGACCAUAUGCUGGUGCGGUUGGCCCUGGGUUCCUCCUAAUGCAAGACAAUGCUAGACCUCAUGUGGCUGGAGUGUGUCAGCAGUUCCUGCAAGAGGAAGGCAUUGAUGCUAUGGACCGCCCGUUCCCAAGACCUGAAUCUAAUUGAGCACAUCUGGGACAUCAUGUCUCGCUCCAUCCACCUAAAUUAAUCAUAUUUCUCCACUCCUGUUCCCAAAUCAACAUUCUGCCUAAAUUUGGUGUAUCAUUUUACUGCAAGAAAUGCUUAAUUCUGCAGGAGUUAAUAUUAAGGCUAUGUGAGAGGUUAUAGACGUACAGUCAGUGUCCAGAUCUCAGUUUCCAUUUAACACAUCUGAACAGUAGGCUACUAUUCCCUUGAUGUGCCAAAGGCCUAUAUGAAGUUCCCAUCUUGUGACUGUCGAAUUUGUAUAGCGCCUUUCAAUCAUCACACAUAACAUAACCGGCACUGCUAUCAUCCCCUUUUACCACUUCACCAAAUCUUUCCCAAACAUUAGACUACUGUUCUGGCCCUCCCCUCUCUUUAUUUUCAACUCUCCAUUUCGCAGCUUUUCUCUUAUUGAAUUCAACUCCGACACUGUCCGUUUUGCCUCGGUGGAUCGACAUUAACUUUUUCUGCCCGUUCCCAAAAGCAUUUGGUGAUUGGCUUGUAGGCCAUUUGACGCACAUACAGAUAGACCCUAAAGUUUAGGCUUAGGCACUAAAAUAAUGUAAGAAAAACCUCAAUGUAGCCUAUAGAUACAUAUAAAUUGCACAAUAAUUAUACAUUUAUGGAUUUUUUAUGCAUUGUUUUCUCUUUAUUCAACCUGCCCUUCAUCCACACAAUAUCACUACCAGGGCGGGCAGCCCGUUAGGCAGGAUUAGGCGGCUGCCUGUGGCCGCAGAUUGAGGAGGGCAGCCUUUUCUGAGCUAAACUGACCAAGACGUUUCUCCAACAACAACACUUAAAACCUCACAGAAUUUUGCACAAAAUCAAUGACAAUUUCUCUAAACCAGUGGCAUAUGGGCUUUUUAGGUGAGCGCUGAUGCUGAUAAGCAUUGCCCACUUUGUCAAAGGCAGGGGUUGCAAAAUAUUUUGCUUGUCCAUUCCCAGCCCGCCUUUCCAGGGUGCUGUUGGAGAGACGCAUCACUGCAGCCCUCCACCAACGUUCUGUCAAAAAAUCAUCUAACAUAAAUCAUAUAGGUAUAGGAUAUGGUAGAAAGAGUAUGUGGCCUUUUCUGUAGCCUACAGGCUGGAGAUCAAAUGUAUGACAAUGUAAUGAUACAGACACUUUUUACAUCAUGCAGGUUUCUCCGAUCAAAUAGCCUAACCUAAAUGGCGCUCAAUCAAAUAUAAAACUUGCUGUCAUGUUAACAAACAACAUAUCCUAAAAACAGGACAGGUCAAAGUAAAAUGGAUAAUAUGGAAUGGACAAUCACAACUGUUGUCCAGGUGUUUCACCCCAUUGUCAUGAUCAGGGGUUUCAAGUUUGUAUCCGUACAUUCUUGACAAGCUGAUCAUAGCGAAAAAGAAAAUACUUCUGCAUUUCUCGCUGAGUAAACACAUUGAUUCUCAUUGCAAAUAGGCUCGCAAAACUCCUGAUAAAGUUAGGUAGCUGAUAGAGUUUAAAUGGCCAAAUUGAUUAGUCACAUGAAUCAGGACUAAUAAAGUCAAUGCAACGGUCUGUUUUACAAAUGGUGGUCCUACCACAUGGAUGGGCAUUCAUAAAAUUCCAUUGCUGCAGACAUGGUAGGCUACACCCCAGUAAGCACGAGCCAACGUCUUUUGGACGUCUUUUUUUGGUUCUGUCAGGAUGUCGUUUUUUGGUGUUUUACAAAUGGUAGGCUUACCACAUUGAUGGGCAUUCAUAAAAUUCAAUUUCAGGCAACACCAAUGCCUUUUGGACAUCUUUUUUUGGUGCAUUUGCGGACCGGCCUUGAUUUCCACAUCCAGGGACAUUGGUUUUUGGUCUGGACCAAAUCUGAACCAAUCAUAGACGUCUAUGUUUGGUUCAGAUUUUGUUCAGUCUGGACCAGCCUUGAUUUGGCCCAAACAUAGACGUCUAUAAAUUACUUAUUUUCAACUUUCAUUCAGAACCAAAAAUUAGCGUGUUUUCACCAUCCGGAAAAUACACAUUUUCAAUGUCUGUAAAAUAUGUAUUUUCAACAUCAGGAAAUAAGUAUUUUGAACUUUCAUUCAGAACCGAAAAUUAACCUGAUUUCAACGUCCGGAAAAUACAUAUUUUUCAACGUCCGGGGGGGGCGGCAUUUUCUGGUCUCGCCUAUGGCGGCAGAACGGCAAGAACCGGCCCUGAUCACUACUGUGUGUUAUAUAUAUACAUAUUAUAUCAUAUAUAUAUAUAUAUAUAUCAGUAAAUUCACAAUUUUAUUUGAGAAGAUAUAUCACAUAACAGACGUUUUAAAAACAGACAUCACAUAAUGCAACACAAAUGUUACUGUGCCUCACUGAUGUCACACUGAACUGUUUGGUUUGUUGAAGGUUUGAACUGAGGGUGAUCAUCUGGAACACAGACGAGGUCAUUCUGGAGGAUGAUGACAUCUUCACUGGAGAAAAGUCCAGUGAUAUCUUUGUGCGGGGGUAAAUAAUGUUUCCUUUGAAAGAAUGUAUGUUUUUCGAACUUCAGGAGGUGUGCCAAAUAUUAAAACUUCUUCUUCUUCUUCUUCUUCUUCUUCUUCUUCUUCUUCUUCUUCUUCUUCUUCUUCUUCUUCUUCUUCUUCUUCUUCUUCUUCUUCUUUAACAGCUGGCUGAAGGGCCAGCAGGAGGACAAGCAGGACACAGAUGUCCACUACCACUCCCUGACAGGGGAGGGUCUCUUCAACUGGCGCUUCAUCUACCCCUUUGAUUACCUACAGGCUGAAGAGAAGAUUGUCAUCUCUAAGAAGGAGUCUAUGUUCGCCUGGGACGAGACUGAGUAUAAGAUCCCUGCUCGUCUCAACCUACAAGUCUGGGAUGCGGAUCACUUCUCUGCAGAUGACUUCUUAGGUGGAGUGAUUUAAUUUCCCUCUACUAAACAUUCACCGUAAUGAUUUUCUGGGCUGUAAAUGUUGGUCUUUCUGUGAAUAUAUAUAACGUUUCAGACUAGGGCUACUUUUUUUUAUAUUGAAUUUGUAUUCUGGGACAUGGAAAGUACUGUUGUGGCAGUCAUAACAACAACAUCAACAUAAUCAGAAACAGCAACAGCUGAGAAAUCUUAAUGCUUAUCGAAUAAAAAGAUGUAUGAUAUUUUUUGUCUCUUCCUAGGCGCCAUUGAGCUGGACCUGAACCAUUUCCCCCGUGGAGCGAAGACAGCCAAGCAGUGCUCCAUCAACAUGGUGCUGAACGAACAGGAUAUUCCCAUGGUGUCUAUCUUCAAACAGAGGAGGAUCAAGGGCUGGUGGCCCUUCCUGGCCAGAGAUGAGAACGACGAGUUUGAACUCACUGUAUGUAGUGUGGACUGGAUUAAACACAUUCAACUAUACACUUGCCAAAAUGGUGUCUUGGAUUAAACACAUUCAACUAUACACUUGACAAAAUGGUAUCUUGGAUUAAACACAUUCAACUAUACACUUGACAAAAUGGUGUCUUGGAUUAAACACAUUCAACUAUACACUUGACAAAAUGGUUUCUUGGAUUUAACACAUUCAACUAUACACUUUACAAAAUGGUGUCUUUGAUUAAACACAUUCAACUAUACACUUGACAAAAUGGUAUCUUUGAUUUAAAAAAGCGUGACCAUUUGGUUACACUGUGAAGAAACUAGCUGAGUUAAAGAUUGAACAGAGGUCAGUUUGGAAAUGUAAGAUCAGCCAAAAGAUAAAGAAACGCAAGACCUCCUUUAUAUACUGUAUGAACCCUAGUGUUUUGGUAGUGAUGUUUGUGUCUUUGCAGGGGAAAGUGGAAGCAGAGCUGCAGCUGAUGACUGCAGAGGAGGCUGAGAAGAACCCAGUAGGUGAAGGACGCAACGAACCUGAACCCCUGGAGAAACCCAAGUAAGAGCACCAUUAACCUACCACUGAGCUAACAAAUACAGUGUCAAAUGUUGCAGCCAACUCAAUGUAUUUCAAUGAGGAAGGUGCAUUGGAGUGGGGAAGGGGUAGGAGCAUGUUUUUUUGCACUAAAACAGGUUGCACUAAAACAGGUUGCACUAAAACAGGUUGCACUAAAACAGGUUGCACUAAAACAGGUUGCACCAAAACUAAGCUCUACCAUGCAGUUGGAACCUUGUCAGAAAGCACCCUGAUGUAAAGGUCCAUUUGAUUAAAAUACAUACAAACUAUGGAAUAAAGAAAGGGUAUUUUAUGAAAUUGCUUUGACUAAGUACUGGAUUUGAACAGGGAUGAUCAUACUUUACACGUAAAUUACUAAAAUACCCUUUAUUUACUCUAUAAUUCUUAUGGGUUUGUUAAUAUUUACAGCAAACCGGAGCUGUAUCUUAUAGUCCUAUUUGGUAAUCCUCUGUGUCUCUGUUUGAUGGCCUUAUAAGGCAUUAGUGCAGUCUAACCAACCAACCCUGUCUCUCUCCCCCAGCCGUCCAGACACAGCUUUCCUGUGGUUCCUUAUGCCUUUCAAGGCCAUCAAAAACCUCAUCUGCAACCAGUACUUCUGGCUCACGGUCAAGUUAGUGGUGGCUCUGCUGCUGGUGCUCAUCCUGGGCCUCUUCAUAUACAGCAUGCCUGGAUACAUGGUCAAGAAGCUAAUGGGGGCUUGA